AAUUGUCACAGUUGUCAAAAUCAAAUGUGAUCCAAACAAACUCAAUUGCAAGCGGUAAAUGUACGGCAUUUCUCAUCGGAAAAUAUUGAUUCAAACGUUGAAAUGGAGAUCGAAGAUAGAGAUUUGGUCGGUGUUGAGUAUCCGGGACGUGUUGUAAAUCCCGACAAUAUGGUCAAAACAUUGGGCGGCCUCACAAACAUAUCAAAAGUUGUGUGCAACAUGGACAAGAAGCGAUUGGACUUGAAAUUUCGACCAGAUGAUGUGUUUGCAAAGCCAAUUUACGGUGAUCUGAAACCAGCUUCGGGGCUUCUGUUGAAAGUUGUUUAUCGGCGUCGAAGACAUGAUAUACCCGGACCCAGUACUGAAGAAGACGACAGCAAUGAUGAACCAAAAAUUGCUGUUCUCGGCGUUGUUCGGUCCAUGUUCAAAUUCGAUGGUUUAUGUGACUAUCAAUAUUUGCCGAUUGCAACGAAUCCGGAGACAAAAAAGACGGAAUUUAUUUACGAUGAAAUUAUGCCAAAUUGUCUGCUCUCACCCGAAUGGCUCACUGACGAAGCAAGUAAUCGUACCCCGUACUUCUUUCCACCAUCCUCAUUUACGCGUGUCGACACCGUGCAAGACAGUUUCUUCAAGAAGGAUCGUUCAAAGGGCAACAAAGAUCUGUCACCAUUCGAUUCGGCGGAAUCGACCAUCGUUGGCAUGUCACGAAAUCGACGCUUCAAACACGCUUGCUACAUCCCAUUCAGUCUGACCAAUCCAAUACCCGAGAAAGCACAGUUCCAAGCACUGAAAAUGCUCAAAUUCAAAUUCAUCACCAACGAACAGUUCAACAUGAUCAAAGAGUAUUUGGAUCGGCAGCCGAUUUGGUUGCGCAGCUCAUUGGCGUAUGAAACGAAAAUUCCACGACAAAAACUGAAAAUCAUUUUGCCAUCGCUGGCUUAUUACUUCACAACGGGACCAUGGCGUUUGAUGUGGGUACGAUUUGGUUAUGAUCCACGCAAAGACUUCACCAGCCGAUACUAUCAAACGCUCGACUAUCGAAUUCGGUCGAACACUCUGAAGGAAAAGAUUGCACGCAACAGAAAGACGAAAAGUGAUUUGGAAAACACGUAUCCAUACUUUGAAGUUGAUCGCCUGCCCGAAACUCGCCAAUCAUUCUACAGAUACUGUGAUGUGCAUGUGCCAAAGAUUCAAGAGAUGUUGGACAAAAUUCCGACCCCAUUAUCGGGAGCGAUAUGCAAUGAGAAAACGGGUUGGUUGCCACCGAAUUUCGAUGAUAAUUGCCGUGAAAUUCUCACCGAAACGAUAAACGAACUACUGGAAUCACAACCGGCCGAUUUUGAUCCAAACACAUUGGCUUCAACGUCACGAGCCGCCCUUCAAACGCAGAACAAUGCCGAACAAGCGGAACAUGAAUGGGAAUAUGGUGAGGACGAAGAGGGUUAUGACGAAGAGGAGCGUGAUCCAUCGUAUGCUGAUUAUGAAGAUGAAGAAUGAAAUGAUCGAAAAGGCAAAAUAAAAUAACGACGAAUUGAUGUCAACAGUACAACAAUGCCCAUGUGUUUCCAUUUUAUUUGAUUAUAUCUUGAUUGGUUGGUUACUCUCUUUGAGUCUCAGUUCAAAUGGCUGAGAAUUUAGGCGGUAGCACUUAUUUGUACAAAAUAUAAAUAAAACCCUUAAGAAAUAACAAUUGA